GAACCUCAGACUGUGUGGGACGGGGCCGUACUUCCAACAGAUAAGAGGUUUUCCUGUACUGAGUGCGGGAAGGGAUUCCAUUCUAAAUUCCAUCUUAAUGUGCAUAAAAGAUCUCACACAGGGGAAAAACCGUAUUCCUGUAAUGAGUGCAGAAAAUGUUUUUCACAAAAGUCAAAUCUUCAAAUACAUCAGAGGCUUCACACAGGUGAGAAGCCAUAUUCCUGUUUUGAGUGCGGGAAAUGUUUUUCAGUGAAGUCCCAUCUUUUCAUGCAUAAGAGGUCUCACACAGGGGAGAAACCGUAUUCCUGUCUUGAGUGUGGGAAAUGUUUUGUCUUAAAAUCACAUCUUGUCACACAUGAAAGGCUUCACACGGGGGAAAAACCGUACUCCUGUUCUGAGUGCGGGAAAUGUUUUUCAGACAAGUCUUUUUAUUACAGACAUCAGAGAUUGCACACAGGUGAGAAGCCGUAUUCCUGUCCUGAGUGUGGGAAAUGUUUUUCAGACAAGUCCAGUCUUUACAUACAUCAGAGAUCUCACACGGGGGAGAAGAUGCACUCCUGUCCUGAGUGCGGGAAAUGUUUUUUAAAUAAGUCACAUCUUUAUACACAUCAGAGAUCCCACACGGGGGAGAAGCCGUAUUCCUGCCCUGAUUGUGGAAAAUGUUUUUCAGAGAAGUCAAGUCUUGACAGACAUCAAAGAUCUCACACAGGGGAAAAGCCGUAUUCAUGUUCUGAGUGCGGGAAAUGUUUUUCACAAAACUCCAGUCUUCGCAGACAUCAGAGGUCUCACACGGGAGAGAAGCCGUUUUCCUGUCCUGAGUGCGGGAAAUGUUUUGCAGUGAAAUCCAAUCUUUACAGACAUCAGAAAUCACACACGGGGGAGAAACCA